CACAGACAUGAAAAGAUGUGAGACGCCGCAGAUCCUUCACCACCAAAUAAAAUGUUGCGGAGAUCUGAUAGUCCUGAAAACAAAUACAGUGACAGCACAGGUCACAAUAAGGCCAAAAAUGUGCAUAGUCACAGAGUUAGAGAGAGGGAAGGUAGGACCAGUUACUCUCCACAAGAAAAUUCACACAACCAUAGUGCUCUUCAUAGCUCAAAUUCACAUUCUUGUAAUCCAAGCGAUAAUCCAAGCAAGACUUCAGAUGCACCUUAUGAUUCUGCAGAUGACUGGUCUGAGCACAUUAGCUCUUCUGGGAAAAAGUAUUACUACAGUUGCCAAACAGAAGUUUCACACUGGGAAAAACCAAAAGAGUGGCUUGAAAGAGAACAGAGACAAAAAGAAGCAAAUAAGGUGGCAGUUAAUAGCUUCCCAAAAGAUAGGGAUUACAGAAGAGAGGUGAUGCAAGCAACAGCCACUAGUGGGUUUGCCAGUGGAAAAUCUACAGCAGGAGACAAAUCAGUAUCCCAUUCGUGCACAACUCCUUCUACGUCUUCUGCCUCUGGACUGAAUCCCACAUCUGCACCUCCGACAUCUGCUUCUGCAGUCCCUGUCUCUCCUGUCCCACAGUCACCGAUACCUCCACUACUCCAGGACCCAAAUCUUCUCAGACAGUUGCUUCCUGCUUUACAAGCCACACUGCAGCUCAAUAAUUCUAACAUGGACAUAUCCAAAAUAAAUGAAGUUCUUACAGCAGCUGGGACCCCAGCUUCACUGCAGUCUAUAAUUCCUAAGCUUCCUACUGCUGGACCAUCUGCUUUCAACAUAACGUCUCUAAUUUGUCAGGCUGCUCAGCUCUUUACCCAAGCCCAGCCAUCCAAUCAGUCUCCCAUGUCUUUAACAUCUGAUGCCUCAUCCCCAAGAUCUUAUGUAUCUCCAAGAGUCCCUAUCAAACCUUUGAUUAGUACUCCUCCUGUUUCAUCACAGCCAAAGGUUAGUACUCCAGUAGUUAAGCAAGGACCAGUGUCACAGUCGGCCACACAGCAGCCCAUAACUGCUGACAAGCAGCAGGUUCAUGAGCCUGUCUCUCCUCGAAGUCUUCAGCACUCCAGCCAGAGAAGGCCGUCCCUUGGUCCACAUCACACUUCGAGUAGCAAUGCAUCGAAUGCAACAGUUGUACCCCAGAACUCAUCUGUCCGCCCUCCGUGCUCCUUAACACUAGCAGCACAUUUCAAUGAAAAUCUCAUAAAACACGUUCAAGGCUGGCCUGCAGACCAUGCAGAGAAGGAGGCAUCAAGAUUGCGUGAAGAAGCCCAUAACAUGGGAAGUGUUCACAUGUCAGAAAUUUGUACCGAAUUAAAAAAUUUAAGAUCUUUAGUCCGAGUAUGUGAAAUUCAAGCAACUUUACAAGAGCAAAGGAUACUGUUUCUGAGACAACAAAUUAAGGAACUUGAAAAGCUAAAAAAUCAGAAUUCCUUUAUGGUGUGAAGAUGUGAAUAAUCACAUAUUGGUUUUGCAUACAGGAACUAUAAAUCUGUUGCCCAGUCUUAACAUUUUUGAGCUGCAUUUAAGUAGACUUUGGACCGUUAAGCUGGACAGAGAAAAUGACAAGGGGAUGAUAGGGUCUGUGACAGUUGAUUCAGGGGAAAGAUACAGAUUGAUCUGUAAAACCCUUGAAAUGUAGAUUUCUUGUAGAUGUAUUCUUCACGUUGUAAAUAUGUUUUGUAGAGUGAAGCCAUGGGAAGCCAUGUGUAACAGAGCUUAGACAUCCAAAACUAAUCAGUGCUGAGGUGGCUAAGUACCUAGCCUUUUACAUGUAAAACUGUCUGCAAAAUUAGCUUUUUUAAAAAAAAA